AUCCUCCAGCAUGCAAACAUCUGUAAAAUCUUGGCCUCCUUCGCUUCAGCGCUGCUGCCACUCCCGCCACCAUCACAAAUGGCCACCAAACUUGCCUUUACUAUAACAAUUCCUCGUUUUUACUCUGCCCCUUUCAGAAAACCAUUUAGUUGUGUCCCCUCUUCACCUUCUUCUCCUUUUCUGCACUCUUGUUCAUCCUCUGCUUCAAGGUAUCAACAGCCCUUUAAUUUAAAUGGGGGAAGAAGGCAGCUGGUUCUGUCUCCAAAGACCACUACUGAUCAGCCAGGUCCCGUCCAAGAGGAUGAAGUAGUUGAUGGUAAGAUCCUGCAGUAUUGUAGCAUAGAUAAGAAAGAAAAGAAGUCCCUGGGGGAGAUGGAGCAAGAUUUUUUGCAAGCACUACAAGCAUUCUAUUAUGAGGGGAAAGCCAUAAUGUCAAAUGAGGAAUUUGAUAACCUCAAGGAAGAACUAAUGUGGGAAGGAAGCAGUGUUGUCAUGCUAAGUUCCGAUGAGCAAAGGUUUUUGGAAGCUUCGAUUGCUUAUGUAUCUGGGAAUCCAAUAAUGUCAGACGAAGAGUAUGAUAAGCUGAAGAUGAAACUUAAGAUCGAUGGGAGUGAGAUUGUGGUUGAGGGUCCACGAUGCAGCCUUCGCAGUCGAAAGGUUUACAGUGAUCUUUCUGUUGAUUAUCUCAAGAUGUUCCUUUUGAAUGUACCUGCGGCUGUUGUUGCACUGGCACUGUUCUUCUUCCUUGAUGAUUUGACUGGAUUUGAAAUAACUUACCUUUUGGAGCUUCCAGAACCCUUCAGUUUUAUUUUCACGUGGUUUGCUGCUAUACCUGUUAUAUUAUGGUUAUCGUCUUCACUUACAAAGGUCAUCGUGAAGGAUUUUUUGAUCCUAAAGGGCCAAUGCCCCAACUGUGGCACCGAGAAUACUUCCUUUUUUGGAACCAUACUUUCUAUAUCCAGUGGUGGAUCUAACAACACUGUACAAUGCUCAAAUUGUGAGACAGUGAUGAUAUACGAUUCAGAAACAAGAUUGAUUACAUUGCCUGAAGCCUGAGAGGUAGUUAAGCAAUGAUUCAAGGAUGAACUGUUUUUGCACCAGAAAUAUGCAGCAAGUCCAUCACUAACAUGAGUUGCCAAAGAGGAAGACUAUAUCCAGGAUGAAUCUGUGGAAGUGGAAAAGGAUUCCAAUAUUCAAAUUGCUGGCUGCUUUAUAUUUGCCUGUAUAGCAGUAAUGUGUAAUUUAAUCUUCUAGUACCAUGUUGUAUGGAACAUGCUUUGUAAAGGGGAGAGCAACAUGAAUUCUCGCAACAAAGUUGUAACAGAAAACCUGGUUUUGUGUAAAUCAUUAUCUUUCUUAUUUUGGAUUUACAAAUUCAGGUGUUUGUGUAGGCAAUCUAUGAAUGGAUGGCUGUAUAUUUUGCA